UCAUAAUGCUAUUUCAUCCGUUCGAAGCUGCGCUUAGCCAGCCACAGAGCGACGCGCCCAAUACACAACUCUGCACCCUUGUUUCCGCCUCCGAUUAUAGUAGGCCCAAAUUUCCUACCAUAGCCGAAAACUAUCUCUGCGAUCAAACCAGACCACAAGCACCGCCAGAAGACAAAAACACAACAACAACAUCAUCAUCAUCAUCAUCAUCAUCAUCAUCAUCAUCACCAACUUCCAUGCCGUCGACCUCUAGCAAGGGAAAACUACCCCGUGUUUCCCGAGUUGCUAAGCAAAAGGCUUUACAGCAGUUUGGUCCACAGUCUGAUGACAGAAACACGUAUUCCAAAACGGGGGGAAAGGAAGGGACUGAAUCAGACACGCCCAGUGCAGCAUCGUCGAUAAAGAGGAGAUUGCAUCGUUCUGGGAUUGUUCCGGGCAAGAAGGUCACAAACAAUACUAAGACACGUAAAUCACAUGUCAAGCACAAAGUUGAUGACGAUGAAGACUAUGUCCCAAGCCAGAUCGAGUCGACGAAGAAGAACAAGCAGAAGAAGUAUAGCGCAAAACGCAAAGCAGAUGGGGAUACUACAGAGGACGGAAAGCAGACCAAGAAGCCACGGCUACAAGUAAAUAACCAUGAGGGCUCAGCUGAUUAUGCAACAAAGCGACAAGAUCAAUCGAAAUCUUUCAUCAAACCAGCAUCAUCUGCUGUAUCUUCGAGACACUUGCUGAUUGCAGGACUGAAAGCUUCACAGAUGCCAAUAGACGCCUCUCAGACAGCGUUCAAGAAACCAAUGUUACCUUCACACAUCACUCAAGCACCCUUGACUCCGACGAAGCCAAAGAAGAAACUUGUAGAGACACAGAAACGGUCGCACACCCCAAGAGAUGCGAGGAUGCCUCUCCAUGAUGAUGUUUUCUCUCAAAUUCCAUCAUCCCCACCGAUACCCUACGAAGCCGACGAGAUGGAUGAUUGGUCACAGGACACUCCAGCUGUGGCAGCGAUACUGUCGAGCAACAGCAAACCUAUCCCCGCAUCACCAAAUGCAGAAUCAACGGCUAUAUCAGGCCACGCAGAUUGCAAUGAUGUGGCGCAUGAGAAGCGGGCAGGAGAUUCGCAAACAGCAAAAAGUGAUCCUUUCACACGAAGGACCAAAGGCAGAAAAGCCACAUCGUUCUUACGUCGUUUGACAGGGGAUGAAUCAACAGGCGGAUAUUCAGAUCCAGCGACUGAGGUCUCCCAAGAUUCACCAGCAAGCCGAGUUGUUGAUCUAGAUCUUGGUAUCAGAGAUAGUACUCUUACUGGCGACUGUCGUAACGACCAGCAACGCACCUCGGAAGCCGAAAUAUCGCCUGUUCAUCUCGAUUCUUCGCCACCGAGGAUGCACUCGCCUAUUAGCAGUCACAGUUCGACCUCUGCCGAGUAUUUAUUCUCCUCCAAACCCCCGUUACCUUCGUCAGAAGCCGAGGAGAUUGGGUGGGAGAAGAGUCUUGAGCCUCAUCAACGCAGCCUACAUGAUGUCCUAAUCAGUACGUCGAAACGAGUCGUGCGUCAUAUCGUCGAUAGCGAGACGGGCCUCGAUGGCAUUGCAGAGACGUUUGCAACAGAUGGUGAGUGUAUACUAGAGUCGCUAUUAUCCCGACAUGAUGACGACUACAAACAUGUGUUCACCGAUAUGGAGAGUAAGAGAGGUGCUCUCCGAAAAGAGCUUGAGUAUGCCAUUAAGCGAAUGGCUGGCGAGCGGAAGCGGAUUGGUUUUUGAUGGAGACUUGUACUGCGUUCUCACAUGAUCAAGUAUCACGUCACGAUGAAGAUGCUUCUUUAGGAUGCAGAGUCGAGCACGCCUUAUCGAUAUGAUGAUUACGAAGCCGCAAAUGAACGUGCCCAGAAUGCAUAUGCAUAGUCUAAUAUACAUGAAGUAAUAUGACAGCGACAAGCCCGCCAAUAAAAGGCUAGUGG